AGCAACCGCAGCGGCACUUCCGGUUUGGUGGCGGCUGCCGGAGCAGGGCCCGGGCGGAGCAGGCGGCGGCGGCGGCGGCUCGGAGCGGCGCGGCCGGGAUGGCGGUGGACACGCGGCUCCUGGAGGGUCUGACCCUGUGUCAGCUCAACGAACUGCUGGAGGACGAGGAGCAGCUGCAGGGCAUGGCCCUGGGGAUGGACGAGGCCCAAAAUGUUCAGCUUAGCAAGGAAAUGACUCUUGCCAGCAACCGUAGUCUGGCUGAGGGCAACCUUUUGUACCAACCAAAACUGGACACUCUGAAAGCAAGUUUGACCCAAAAAUAUCAGGAGCUGCAGGUUGUUUUUGAAGCCUAUCAGAUCAAGAAAACCAAGCUAGAUAAACAAUCCAGCAAUGCUUCCCUGGAGACACUAUUAGCACUACUUCAAACAGAGGGGGCUAAGAUUGAAGAAGACACUGAGAAUAUGGCAGAAAAGUUUCUUGAUGGUGAAGUAUCCCUGGAUUCAUUCAUUGAUGAAUACCAGAGCAAACGUAAACUGGCUCACUUACGACGUGUAAAAAUCGAGAAACUCCAGGAGAUGGUGCUGAAGGGACAGAGACUUCCACAGGUUCAGCAGCAGCCUCAGCCAAAAGCACCUGAGACAACACCAGCACCUCAAACUUCCUACUCUUCAGAUGCAAACACUCCUCCCGCAGUUUUGCCCCGGCGAAUACCACCCCCACCUCCUCCAUCAGUCCCAGCAGGACGCCUCCCCACUCCAUUUACUGCAGCAAUGGAUUCAGGACCAGCUUUUCCUUAUCCAGGAGCUCCAUACCCUCCCCUUCCCCCACGAGUGGGAGUUCAAUCUGCAGGUCAAAUGCCACAGCCAGGAUACCCAUCUCAGUUUGUAUCACAGUACCCUCCAGCACUGCCCCAAAGACCACCACCUCGUCUUCCACCACAUCCUGGCUUUAUCCUACAGUGAAUACAUCAGUACGCCUAACUCAUGUAUUGGUGCUUAAAUUUUUGUUCUUUAUCUCUCCCUCCCAGAGACUUAAUAUAGGCAAUGGAAAACCUCUGUGCUUUGCACAAUGGAACACAAAGUUUGGGCUGCAACAUGGGGUUGGGAAAUUGCACUCAGUAAAUGUAAUCCUUUUCUUUUCUGUUUCUUAAAAUCAGUGACUAUGUAAACUAUUUUUUUGUAGGAAGGUGGUGGGGCUGAAUUUUGUAACUCUGGCAAGUUGUGAAACAACGCAGUGGAUUUGUUUGCAUUCUAAGUAUAGACUCAAUACUUCAGUGAUGGUAAAUGAUUUUAAGGAAAAUAGCAUACUUGUCUGAUGUGGUAUUGUGUUCUCAUUGCGACUGGAUUUUAAGCAUGGUUAAUUGUGAGCUAUUUAUAUCUCAAAAGAAUUUUCUGUGCUGUCAGUUCUGGUAUUUGGAUGGUAACCAUUGUAUCUAAAUGCUAAGCAUAAAGCUGCAGUGGAAAUGACCUGCAUUCUUUGAAAUAAACCCAAGGCUCCACAUUGGUGGCUGGGUUCACUAACUUUGUUCUCAGAGCCUGGUAAUCAGAAAAUGUUCAGUAGCUUAUUUUGAAAACCAUUAAUUCUUAAAAUAUUUUUAACUCCUAAAUUUAUUGUUGCUUUGGGUUUUUCACAAUAAAUAUUCACACCUUUCACUUCUGUACAUUGUUAAUUUCCUGAAAGUCCUGGUCUUUUGAAAUAAGUAACCGAAUAUCUUUUUCUAUUAGGUGAUUGAUCCUGGAAGCCAUGUAAAGAAAACUAUUCGUAGUGCCAAUUCAAAUUUUUAUACAAACUGCACCGGUCACACCCUCUUGAACCUAGUCUCACCAGCCUCCUUCUGUUUUCCCCACUUUCCUGCCUUGCCUGUUAGGGUAGCUACUUACUUUUUGCUUAAUUUGUUCUUCCCAUGCCAUGGGGUUGAGAAGCAAUUUUUUUUACACAAGUGUAACUUUUGAUGUUGUCUUGUGAUUUUAGGAGCCAGAGUGCUAGGCCUAAAUUUGUCUUAAUCCAGCACUGGGCAGUCAUCUCAUUUGGUGCCCAUUCAAAGUCCACAAACACAUAUUCUCAACCUCUCUGCUCUGUCUCUUAUUUAGAGGCACUCCUUGCCACUAGACAUCAUCAUCUUCUGUCCUGCAGUGUUUGAAAUUCUUUUUAAUCUGAAAUGUACAAUUAACCUUCCCUCCAAUAGUCAAAACACUCUAGGAUGGCUGUUUGCAUCUUGCUUAAUUUGUCCUCCCAUUCCCAUGCCAUUUGGGGGCAGAAGGGGGAUCUCUACACAAGUUUAGCUUUCAGUGUCAUUGUGUGACUCCUGGAAGGCUGCAGUGCCUUUUUUCUGAUAAAGGUCAAAACCAGAUUAUUUGACGCCCCUCCCCCCCCUUCUGUGUAAACCCUCUGACUCCCAAUUAGUUAUUUCCCCCUGAAGUUUGGUAGUUGCUAAUAAUAAAUCUCAUAACAGGAAACCCUUUGGUCUGAAAAUAGGACUACAUGGCUAACUCUCCCAUUUGAAGAUCAGAGAAUGCAGAUUGGUACCUGAAUAGCUCCCCCUACAUAAAUCUGGAAAGAGGGGGAAUUUUGUAAGCCUAGCAAGUUGUGAACCAAUGUGCAGUGGAUUUGGUUGCAUAGGUAUGGUCUCUCUGUAAUCAAGUGGUGGUACAUGAUUUUUUAAAGUGUCUUUUCUUGGUAUUGUGUUCCCAUUGAGGCUUCAUAUAUGCAUGAUUAAUUGUGAACUGUUAGUCUUUCAAAAUAAGUUCUGUGCUACCAGUGCUAGGAUCUGGAUAGUAACCAUUCAUUCUGAAUGCUGAGCAUAAAGCUGCUGUAGAAAUAAUAAAGCCAGGUCUAGAGCUACAAGAUUGAUAGAUGGGUACAAAAACUCUAAACAGAUACUCACAGAUUAGAUUUGCUAAAGCUUUGUAAAAAUAACCAGGUAGAUUUUAUGCUUAUCAAUUGCCAACUUAUUUUCUGAGUUAAAGAAUUCCUCAGAAAUGACGGUGGGGAUGAGAUAAGGGUAUUUUGAACUUUACACUGCAUUUUAUAUACCUAACUCUUUUUCGAAUGGUAUAGCCCAUUAUUGGUAUUACUGAGAAAUAGUCCAAAAUAUUUUUUAUUACUUGUUAAAUUUGUCUGGUUUUAGUACCUUUAGUGAUAACAGGAUCAUUCAGGGAUACUUUGUUUAAAAAACCCCCCACUGUAUUGUGCAAACUAAAUACAGAUUAAUUUGAUGCAAUUAUCUGAAAACAAUGCAUUAUCACAUAUGCAUGUCUCUGUGCCUUAGGAUCACUACUUGUGAUUGUAAUAUUCUUACUAGACUAUUAGCAUAUCUUUCAAAUCAAUGGCCAUUGCUUAACCCUUUUGAUGUAGGGACACUUUCUUUUAUGAAAGAUUUUUUUACCUAGUACUUUGGACUAAGACAGUAUCUGCUAUUUGUAUGCUUAAUUGCUUUCAGUGGAUGAUUAGUUUGGUUUUUAGACACUGUCACAAUGACUGACUGUUUCAGUUGUUAUAACAGUCUCAAAACUGAUCUCCAGAUGUUCAUGGAAAAUGCUUGGCCAUUAAUGAGUAUUGGUGUAUGUGCAAACUGGUUUCUAGUUACUUAUGUGCUUGCUUGAUGGCAGUGUUUGGUGGGUGGAGGAAGAAGAGAGCUUUGGAAAGCUUUUUGAGUCUUAUUUUCAGAAACACAAAUUACACCACGCUAAUCUGGCUGGGUAGGGUGAGAGAUGCAGGGGCUAUUUCACGCCUACCACUAGCUGACACUGUUUCGAACUACACCUGUUAGAGGUAAAGAGUAAACUGUGCUAUAGAAAGGAUGUUUAGAACCAUAUAAAUCUGUACUGUGUAUACUGAAAGUGUUGUUAAAAUGCUAUUGGCAAGUUGGCUCCUAUAUAAGGGAAUAGCUCCAUUCUCUUGCCAAAAUGUUCUUUAAUAUACAGUGUGGUUUGAUUUGAAAUGUGUGCUACAAAUGGCAAAUACUUCCUAAAAAGAAUCAGAGUUAAGGAAACAUUUUUAUAACAUAAAAGUGGACUUGGAGCUCAAAUGGCGAGGUGUAACAUGGUUUUAGAAUGCAGGUAGCAUUUUAAAUGCCCAUUUUGAAUGGUUUUUGCAUCUGCUAACCUUUUGUAUGCCACUUUUAAAUGAUGACUUUAUUCACUUUACCUGUACUGGGUAAUUAGUGUUGAAUAGUAAUAAUUUAAGAACAGUUUCGCUGCCCUGGAAAGCCAUCUCCAAGGGGACCAACCAAUCAGUUGUUUAGAAAGGUUGUACUGGCAACCCCUGUGAUACAAAUAGAGUCACUGUUUAGAGUAAUCUUACAUCAUGUGACUCCAGGAGGCAGGAUACUGAGCCCAAGCCUAUGUCUUAAUCCAGUCCUUGGUAGCUAUAUCGUUUGGUGCCCAAUUAAAGCACCACAACCUCAUAUUCGCAAUCCCUUCUGAACCUUCCCACUCCAAACUGGAUCAGUGAUAUCGAAGCAGAGUCCAAAAUGUGUUUGUCUCGCGCUGUCUCUCUCUCUCUUGUCUGGGGGUUUCUGUGUUCAGUCCCUCAUCUCCCAGUGUCCUGAAGCUUCUGUAAUUUCUCUUUGGCUGGAAUGAUUCAUGAGCUGUCUUCUUCUAAAGGUGAUAAUAGAACUUUUUAGCAUAAUAGAAUAUAGAACAUAAAAUAAUAUUUUUCUCUAUCCAAACCAUGAUUUUUCAAUAGGCUGUUUUCCUCCUAACACUUGGUAGUUGCUAGCAAUUACUAGGAAAUCUUAUCAGGAAAUCCUUUGGUCUAAAAAUAGGACUUUUGGCUAGCCCUCCCCCUAGGAGUUCAGAGGCAGCAGAUUGGUCAAAGUUCUUGGCACCUGAACAGUCCCUUAGAUAAACUCUGAAAGCACUAAUAGAGGGUCAUUUUAAAAGCCUAGCAGGUUGUGAAACAAUGUGCAGUAUUUUUGUUUGCACAAUAAGUAUGGUGUCUCUGUAAUCUAGUGGUGGUACAUGAUUUUAAUAAACUAGCAUAUUUGUUUGUCUUAGUAUUAUGUUCCCAUUGCAGCCUGAUUUAAGCAUGGACAAUUGUAAACCGCUUGUCUCAAAAUAAUGUUCUAUACCAUCUGUGCUGGUAUUUGAUGUGUGGUAACUGUAUUUGAAUGGUAAGCAUAAAUCUGCAAUGGAAGUGUGCAUUGCUUGAAAAACUAACCCCAAGUCUAGGCUACAGUGUUGGUGGUUGUGUACAGUAAAUUUGCUCUUAGAAUCAGAGGUGCAAAAACUCUAAACAGACACUCUUGCAUUAAGAAAAGGAGUACUUGUGGCAUCUUAGACUAACAAAUGUAUUUGAGAAUAAGUUUUCUUGAGCUACAGCUCACUUCAUCAGAUGCAUUCUUUUGCGACUACAGACUAACAUGGCUGCUACUCUGAACUCUUGCAUUAGAUUUUCUGAAGUUUUAGAAAAAGCAACCAGGUAGAUUUUACGCUUACCAAGUGCCAACUUACAGAAGAGCUCUUAAGUUUGUUUCCUUUGGUUUCAGUUUCCUGCUACAUAACCUGGCUAGGAAGAUAGAGCUUGCACAUCCUAGAUACUAAACUCUUGAAGACUGACUGUGUGGAGAAAAACCUACACAUUGCUCCUGUUUUCAUGCAGAAAAACUUUACACUGAACGUAGUUAAGACAAUUUAAAUAUGGAGAAAUAAAACUACCAAGUCUACUUAGGCACCUGAGCCAUAGGAAGGGCAGAAGAGAUACCUGGGGAUAUGCCCCAAAAAUAUCUGCCACUUUAAAAGCAGUAUUAAGCAGAAACUCGAGCACAAUUAGACUGAUCACCCGCUAUGGUUAAGAAAUCUUUCCUCUAUAAUAUUGUUCCGUUAGCUGCAUCUUGGGUGUGCAAGGAUUAGGGACAGGAUUUGAACACACUUCCCCCUGUGUUGCAGGAAACUGGCAAUGUUGAAAGCUGGGAAUAUAAAAGGCUUUCUUACUGUGCCUUUAAAUGAUGUGGCCUGUGGGGGAAGACAGAAUCAAGAAGUUGCAGUUCCUGAGCAUUGGUUUUCUAGGAAGUUGGGACAAUGGCUGCGUUUGAAGACUGUUCAUAUGUAACUUCUAAAGAAGUCUGUUAAAAGCAUUUACUCUGAGAUCCAAAUAGGCCAUCCAGGAAGUUGUCAAAUGUUUGGUAAGCUGAAAGCGAUAUUUAUUCUGCAUGGGCAAAUGUUUCUUAUGUAGAUUAUUGUCCAAAUGGUGGUAACCUUUAGCCUUUCAGUAUGGUGAAAAAUGCCUUAUGUUAACUCCUGGAGGUGGGGGGGAGACAAAUUGGUUGCCUAACUCAGGCUUAUCUUAAAUAUAAAACAAAGGUGUAAUACCAUUAAAACUGAGAUCAACAUGUCAUUGGCAUACUGGCAACCCUGCGGAUAUUAUAGAGCUUCUGUUUCCAGCUAGGAGUUGUGAUCUAUCAUGAAUGUUCACAGUCGUGAGAAGUUUGUGUGUAUGCACUGUUCAGCUCUCCAUAUCCUUUUUCACCAGAAAUUAUUAUAGAUUCACCACUUUUGUUACUAGAUGAUCAAUUCUUUUGGCCUAUGUAAAGAAAACUGCUAGUAUCAAUUUAAAGUUCAAAACACCUCCCACCCCAAUCUCGGUUUUCUCCCACACUUGCUGUGCAGGGGCGGACUGUGUGUUUGCUUAAUUUGUCUAAGUAUGUGGGUUAGAAUGUAUUUUUACAUGACUUUGGAAGCUUGUAUUUCAUUGUGGUGAUUCAAGAAACUGGAGCCAAGGUCACAAGCCUACAUUUUUAAUCCACCGCUGGGCAGCCUAGCUCAUAUUCUAAACUCCCUUUGACCCCAGAUCUCUCACCAGUGCAGCCUAAAACAAUGACACCCACGAAAAUGCAAGGCCCAAAAUCUUUUCCAUCUCUCAUCUAGAGGCACCGGUCUUUAAACUACCAUCUCCCACUGUUUAGAAGUGGUUGAAAUAAUUUUCCAUCAGGAAUGGUCCAGGGACUUCUUUCCCUUAAAGGUCAAUAUAAAAUAUUUUUUCUCUACACAAACCAUAACUCAUCUAGUUAUUUCUCCCCUAGAAUUUGGUAGUUGCUACAUGCUAACAUUAGCAUAAUAGCUUCUAGUCUGGAAGGAAGGCUGUUGGGCUAACUCUGCUCCUAGAAGAUCAAAGGCAUCUGAACAGCUCCCUGAAAGCCUGGAAAGUGAUGAGAAGGGACUUGGUAAGCCUAGCAAGUUAUGAAACAAUGUGUGGUGAACAUGUUUGCAAGUAUGGUGUCUCAGUACUCUUGCUGAUGGUAAAUGAUUUAAAAUAGAAUAGCAUACUCUUUUCUUGGUAUUGUGUUCCCAUUAUGGCUCGCUUUAAGCAUGGUUAAUUGUGAACUACUAAUGUUUCAAAAUAAUUUUUUUGGUGAUGCCAUUCGGAUGUUAAUUGUAGUAUCUGAAUGCAAAGCACAAAGCUGCAGUGAAAAUGAGCUAGGCCACAAGAGGUUGUGUACAGGGAAUUUAGGGGGUUUGUGUGGUAAAUAUGUCCCUAAUCAGAUUCUGAAAAGGAUAGUAAAAUCAACCAGGUAGAUUGCACACUUAGCAAGUGCCAGUUUAUUUUGAGCUAUGAAAAGUUCAGUGAUGGAGGGGAUAAGAAGGUGUGGUCUGAAUUUUGUACUGAAUACUAUCUACCUACCUUCAUGGGGGGAGUGGUAUUGCCCAACUAUUUCUAGUAAGAAAUAGACCAAGUAAAAUUCAUGUAAAAAUUUCUGUUAAGAAUAGUCCAAAAUAUUUUUACUUGUUAAAUUUUCCUCUUUUUAAAGUAAUUUGUAUAACGAUGACAGGACCAUUCAGGGAUACUUUGUGUAAAAAAACAAACCUGUACUGUGCAAAUUAAAUACAAAUUAAGCUGAUGCAAUUAGCUGUCUGGAAAACAAUGCGUUAUCACAUAUGUAUGUGGCUGAUGUGCCUUAAAAAUCACUAUUUGCAAUUGGGCCAGUAAGACUAUGAACAUACCUUUCAAAUCAGUGGCCAUUGCUUAACUCCUUUGAUUAAGGGCUCUAAAAGGCAUCCUUUUUUAUAAAAGAUUUUUCAGCUAGUACUCGAAGAUUAAAGGGUGGUAUCUGCUAUUUGUAUGCUUAAUUGCCCUCAAUAGAUGAUGGAUUUGAUUUUUUUAUUUAAAAUACACUGUCAAGGAAUCUUGUAUUAAGUCAGUUCUAACAAUCUUGUAACUGAACUCUAGCUGUUCAUGGAAAAUGUUCUUUCAUAAAGUGUGUGUGUUCAGACUGGUUUGUGGUUACUAAUAUGCUUGACAGUUAGCAGUGUUUGAGGGGGGAGGAGGAAGAGAGCUUUGGAAGGUUGAAUCCUGCUUUCAGAAACCCAGUUGACACCAUAUUAAUCUGUCUAGGUGGGAUGAGAGAUGCAGGUGAUAUUUCAGGCCUAUCCCCAUGUGACAGCUCCCAACUAUUUUUGUUAAAAAACGAGUAGUUUGUUGUAGAUAGGCUGUUUAGAACUAUACUAAUCUGUACUCCUUAUAAUGAAAGAGAGAUUAAAAUACCAUUGGCCAGUAGGAUCCUAUAUAAAGGGAUGGCUCAAUUCACUUGCCAAAAUGUUCUUUAAUAUACAGUGUGGUGUGAUUUUUUUUUGCUACAAAUGGCAAAUACUUCCUAAAAAUAAUCUAAGUUAAGGAAAUGUCUUUAUAACUUAGAGUGGGCACUGAGCUUAAAUUGAGAGGUGUAACUUGAUUUUAGAACGUAGGUAGCAUUUAAAAUGCCCGUUUUGGAUGGUUUUUACUUCUGCUGACAUUUGUAUGAAACUUUGUAAACAGUGACCUUGUUCACUUUACCUGUACCGUGUAGUUAGGGGUUUUUUAAAAAAAGAUUAUAAAAGUACUACAGCAAUGAAGAUGGACGUGCCAUGUUUAUCCAUAGGGUUCUUUAAAAAUCUCAUUUGUAUACGUUAUCGUAGUUCUAUAAACAUUCAGCUAAAUGAGCUGUGGAUAGACGAAUGGUGAUGAGUUGUUAGUGGUUAUAGUUCUGCGUUAGCCAAAGUGUUUAUUCCGUGGUGGUACUUCCAUCAUGGAACUCACUGUGUUAAUUGGCUUUGCUCUUCCUAUGAAUAAAUCAUUAGCACUGUUUGUACAUAUGCUGGAAACGUCAAUGAAACUGAAGAACUACCUUCCCCUUUUUGUGCAUAGUGUGACAAGUCCACUACGUAUUAUUUCUCAGAGCUUAAAGGAUGAAAUUCAGGAUGGAGUGAAACUGAAGAAAGCUAAGAGGUAUUGGACUUACCUGACAUAGUGCUGAGAACCCUAUAAUUAUGUCUAAUCUGUCAACACUACUUAGCAUAUUAAAAUAAUAAACUGGUAUGUAAAUAUCUCCCCCUCCACGCGCACUUUAAUGUAGAGGUUAGGAAGGAUGUAAAUCUUCCAGGCGGGGUGGAGGGUACUCAGUAUAGCUUGAUGCAUUAGACAUGUUACUUGCUUUGUCAAAUGACACACAAGAUUAACACCAAAACCCCUAUUUCAAAAUCUGUAUGCAUUUCAUACAGGGAAAUCAGACCGGGGCAGCUGGAAAUCAGAAGAGUCUCUAAGCAGGUUUAAACUCUCACUACGCUUACAGUGGUAUUUGUUUCUAAUGUAACAUAAUACUAUAAAGGUUUUAUUUGUGCUGUAUAAGAAUGGAAUUGUUAGUGGUUAAGAGACCACUAGUACAUUUCAAUAAAUGAUAAACCAAA